AGCUACAGGCAGGUGAGUUUGAUUGGGGUUGGAAUUGACCUGUUCUUGAAUCUUUAAAAUUCGAUUUUACAGAGGUUGAUAUUGCAGCAACACGUAUUUGUCUUAGUUUUGUGCGGUUUGCUCACAGGCUGGGAGGAUGACAGCUCGAGUGUAUUUCUCGUUGAUUGCUGUUUUUUCGUGUCUGUUCGGAUACUUGAGCAUAGCCCACGCUAUUCAAAGACGAACCACAGUGAAGCCGGGUCAGUGUCCCGUACCGGAGAUGAUUCCACUGUGUGCUAAAAGCUGUUUCCGUGAUGGCCAGUGUCCUGCCACGCAGAAAUGUUGCCCAACCACCGGUGGCUUUGCAUGCAGUGAACCACGUGGUCAGGGAAGAGAUCAAGCAAGUUGCCAGGGAAGCGGAGCUGGUCAGGGACAGGGAAGCGGGGCUGGUCAGGGCGCCGGACAGGGAAGCGGGGCUGGUCAGGGAGCCGGUCAGGGAAGCGGAGCAGGUCAGGGUCAGGGAAGCGGAGCAGGUCAGGGUCAGGGAAGCGGAGCGGGUCAGGGCGCCGGACAGGGAAGCGGAGCGGGUCAGGGCGCCGGACAGGGAAGCGGAGCCGGCCAGGGAAGCGGAGCUGGUCAGGGAGCCGGACAGGGCCAGGGAAGCGGAGCUGGACAGGGAAGCGGAGCCGGUCAGGGCGCAGGACAGGGUCAGGGAAGUGGCGCAGGACAGGGAAGCGGAGCCGGUCAGGGCUCAGGACAGGGACAGGGAAGCGGAGCCGGUCAGGGCUCAGGACAGGGUCAGGGAAGCGGAGCCGGUCAGGGUGCAGGACAGGGUCAGGGAAGCGGAGCCGGUCAGGGAAGCGGAGCCGGUCAGGGAAGCGGAGCCGGACAGGGCCAGGGAAACGGAGCUGGUCAGGGAAGCGGCGCAGGACAGGGAAGCGGCGCAGGACAG